GAGGAGGAGGAGGAGGAGGAGGAGGAGGAGGAAGAAGAAGAAAAAGAAGAAGAAACCACUACCUUCCCAGGAUUGCCUUUUUCCCCCUUAUCUUUACGCGCGCGUGUGCGUGUGGCGCGUGUGCGCCCCUCGUCCCUUCCAUCCGAACCCGGUCUUGGAUGUUUAAUAAAGAAAUCAAGUGUCUCAACAGUCACCAAAAAAAAAAAAAGAAAAAGAAAAAAAAAAACCAAAAACCAAAAAUUUCCAAAAAAGCAAAAACAAAGAGAGAGAGAGAGAGAGAGAGAGGAAAACAAAAUCCAAAACAAACAAACAAACAAACACGGCAGAACCAACCUCUGCUUCAAACCAGCCGGCACAAGCCACCCGUGUCUGCCGCCCGGAGAGGGGGGUCUCUGGCCCGUGGUGGAGGAGUUGCAGGGGGGAUCGCCAGGGGGACAGAGGCCGAGUGACGCCCUAGGAGCCACCGGGCAGGAGGCGGAGGACACCCAGAGAGGCGAGCGAGCAGCGGGCCCCCGCGCGCGGCUCGGGGCUGGGGCGCCAGAAGUAGGACUGGAGCGAAGUAGAGCGAUGCCAAGGAGGAAACAGCAGGCACCCAAGCGGGCGGCAGGCUACGCCCAGGAGGAACAGCUGAAGGAAGGAGAGGAAAUAAAAGAAGAGGAGGAAGAGGAGGACAGUGGUUCGGUAGCUCCGCUUCAGGGCAGCAAUGACCCGGGGACAGACGAGGAGCUAGAAACAGGCCCUGAGCAGAAAGGUUGCUUCAGCUACCAGAACUCUCCGGGAAGCCACCUGUCCAAUCAGGACGUGGAGAACGAGUCUCUGCUGAGCGAUGCCAGCGAUCAGGUGUCGGACGUCAAGAGCGUCUGCGGUCGAGACGCCGCGGACAAGAAAGCCAGCGCGCACCCCAAGCCUCCCAACGAAAGCCACAACUGCAUGGAUAAAAUGACCGCCGUCUACGCCAACAUCCUGUCCGACUCCUACUGGUCGGGCCUGGGCCUCGGCUUCAAGCUGUCCGGCGGCGAGAGGCGGCCCUGCGACCCGCGCAACGGCAGCAGCAAGACCGACUUCGACUGGCAUCAGGACGCGCUGUCCAAAAGCCUGCAGCAGAACUUGCCUUCCCGAUCUGUGGGGAAGCCCAGCCUGUUCAGCUCGGUGCAGCUGUACCGGCAGAGCGGCAAGAUGUGCGGGUCGGCGUUCACCGGGGCCAGCCGCUUCCGGUGCCGGCAGUGCAGCGCCGCCUACGACACCCUGGUGGAGCUGACCGUGCACAUGAAUGAGACGGGCCACUACCAAGACGACAACCGCAAAAAGGACAAGCUGAGACCCACGGGCUACUCCAAGCCCCGGAAACGGGCUUUCCAGGAUAUGGACAAGGAGGAUGCUCAGAAGGUUCUGAAAUGCAUGUUCUGUGGUGACUCCUUCGACUCCCUCCAAGAUUUGAGCGUCCACAUGAUAAAAACAAAACAUUACCAAAAAGUGCCUUUGAAGGAGCCAGUGCCCACCAUUUCGUCGAAAACGGUCACCCCGGCCAAGAAGCGCGUCUUCGACGUCAACCGACCUUGCUCCCCCGACUCGACCACGGGCUCAUUUGCGGAGUCGUUCUCCUCUCAGAAGACGGCUGGCCUGCAGCUGUCGUCCAACAACCGCUACGGCUACCAGAACGGUGCCAGCUACACCUGGCAGUUUGAGGCCUGCAAGUCCCAGAUCCUCAAGUGCAUGGAGUGUGGCAGCUCCCACGACACCCUGCAGCAGCUCACCACCCACAUGAUGGUCACGGGGCACUUUCUCAAGGUCACCAGCUCUGCCUCCAAGAAAGGGAAGCAGCUGGUGUUGGACCCGCUGGCCGUGGAGAAAAUGCAGGCUUUGUCGGACACCCCAAACAGCGAUUCGCUGGCUCCCAGGCCGUCAGGUGACUCUGCCUCUGACCGUGCGGCCUCUACAACCGAGCCGAAGAGAGAGAGCAAAAAGGAAAAACCGGAGGAGAUCAGCAAGGACGAGAAAGUCCUGAAGAGCGAGGAGUACGAAGACGCUCUCCAGAAGCCGUUAGACCCUACAAUGAAGUAUCAGUAUCUAAGGGAGGAGGAUUUGGAAGACGGCUCCAAGGGCGGAGGGGACAUUUUGAAGUCGUUGGAGAACACCGUCACCACGGCCAUCAACAAAGCCCAGAACGGGGCUCCCAGCUGGAGCGCGUACCCCAGCAUCCACGCGGCCUAUCAGCUGUCGGAGGGCGCCAAGCCUGCCCUGCCCUUGGGAUCCCAGGUCCUGCAGAUUCGCCCUAACCUCACCAACAAGCUGAGGCCAAUUGCCCCAAAGUGGAAAGUAAUGCCGCUGGUCUCUGUGCCCACCAACCUGGCCCCAUACACUCAAGUGAAGAAGGAGCCAGACGACAAAGACGAGGUCGCGAAGGAGUGUGGGAAAGAAAGUCCCCAGGAAGAGGCCUCACCUUUCAGCCACUGCGACGGGGAUGCUUUCUCCAAGAGCGAAACCCCUUCCGAGUCCAAGAAGGCUGAGGCUUGUCUCCUGAAGGAGGAGGCCAGGCUGGUGGAGGAGGGCGGCGAGCCCGAGAAACGCCCGCCCCUCGAGCCAGCGCACUCCCUCAGCAACGGGUGCGCCCUGCCCACGCGUGCCCCGGCCCUGCCAUGCAUCAACCCACUCAGCGCCCUGCAGUCCGUCCUGAACAAUCACCUGGGCAAGGCCACGGAACCCCUGCGCUCCCCUUCCUGCUCCAGCCCAAGCUCAAGCACAAUGUCGAUGUUCCACAAGUCGAGUCUCGGCGUCAUGGACAAGCCGGGCUUGAGUCCUGCCCCCACGCGGCCGGCCAGCGUGUCCAGGCGCUACCUGUUUGAGAGCAACGAUCAGCCCAUCGACCUGACCAAGUCCAAGAGCAAGAAAGCCGAGUCCUCGCAAGCACAAUCCUGUACGUCCCCACCUCAGAAGCACGCCCUGUCUGACAUCGCCGACAUGGUCAAGGUCCUCCCCAAGGCCACCACCCCAAAGCCCGCCGCUUCCUCGCGGGGCGCCCCCAUGAAGCUGGAAAUGGAUGUCAGGCGCUUUGAGGACGUCUCCAGCGAGGUCUCGACCCUGCAUAAGAGGAAGGGCCGGCAGUCCAACUGGAACCCUCAGCACCUCCUGAUCCUACAAGCGCAGUUCGCCUCGAGUCUGUUCCAGACGUCCGAGGGCAAGUACCUGCUGUCCGACCUGGGCCCUCAAGAGCGAAUGCAAAUCUCGAAGUUCACGGGGCUCUCGAUGACCACGAUCAGCCACUGGCUGGCAAACGUCAAGUACCAACUUCGGAAAACGGGCGGGACGAAGUUCCUGAAAAACAUGGACAAAGGACACCCCGUCUUUUAUUGCAGUGACUGUGCCUCCCAGUUUAGAACCCCUUCCACCUACAUCAGCCACCUGGAGUCGCACCUGGGUUUCCAAAUGAAGGACAUGACCCGCAUGGCGGUAGAACAGCAAGGCAAGGCGGAGCAAGAGAUCUCGCGGGUGUCGUCGGCUCAGAGGUCUCCGGAAACCGUAGCUGGCGAAGAGGACACAGACUCUAAGUUCAAGUGUAAGUUGUGCUGUCGGACAUUUGCGAGCAAACACGCAGUAAAACUCCACCUGAGCAAAACGCACGCCAAGUCACCCGAACACCACUCUCAGUUUGUCACAGACGUGGACGAGGAAUAGCUCUUCAGCUACCUUGAAAAAGUCUACUCGCUCGAGUUAAAAAUCACCAGUGGCUGGGCCAUGCUUCGCAAGGUCUGCGCUGGAGUUUCAAUGCGGAUACUGAUGGGGACGAGGUUGAUUAAAGGUGGUAAGAAGAAAGUGCUUCAAACAGUGCCACUAUUGUCCUUGUCGCGAUCGAUACUGACAGAGGAUUGACAUUUAUGGCACAUUUACGGUGUCCCGCUCUUGUACUGGGUCGUCCCCACGUAUUGUCUCCAUCAAUCUGAACCCGAAACUCUACAAACAACUCUGACGGACACCCAGCUCCCAGGUGAAGAAACCAGCCUCAGAGAGGUGACGUGAUCCCCAAGAUCACAGCGAGCGCCGGCUGCAGGGCUGGACACCAAGUGUGGGUGAAUGAAUGACUUCCCUCCCUCGAGCCACGAGUUUGGCCGAAACGUCUCUCAGCCCCUUUCUGGCAUCCCCUGCGUUAAAUUCCAUCGGGCGCUGCGCCAAAGUAGGAAAAGUGUGAGAUGGGAACCCCGGCCCCGAGUUAUUGGCAAGUUACUUUGCCCUUUGAGGAACAGGGGGAGGACAAAAAAAAAAAAAAAAAAAAAAAGAUAUCAGUAUCCCAAAAGCCCAAACCUUUGACUGAGACAACUUCCUGCCACUGGGGCCCUCCAACAUAUUGGCAAUUUCACCAUGCAUGGGUUUAGCUGGUAUUUUUUCAUCUAUGGAGGGAAAAAAAAAAAAUGAUGUUUCAGGUUAUGUUAUUUUCAAUGCUACAUUACUCGAUUUCACAGUCAAAUAAUUCUAUUUUGGUUCACCAGAGGUUUUUGUCAUGUUUAAUUGUUUAUGACUCCCUCCUCCCCCAUAUUUGCUGCAUCCCCCUGUGCUACCUUCUGGUGCAUUCUCUGGUGUGCGGUAACCAUGGAGAUGGGUCCCUAUUGGGUAGCAUUUGCUCUGGCUUAGAAGUCAAAGGACCAAUCAGGACCUCAUUAUCCCAGAAAUGUGAGAGAAUGAGAAGUGGGAGGAUGCCGGAGUGGAGGGGAGGCCUGUCACCAAGUCUCGGGACGCAGGGACGUCCUGAUGCCUGGAAAUCUCAGGACGGAGGCGAUAGGGCAGCUAAACUCAGGCAGACGUCCAUGGGCUCUGGAGCCACUGAAGCCUGGGUCCCAGGACCACAUCUCCACUUUCUAGAUGAGGGACCUAGGGCAGGUCACGUCACCUCUCUGACCCUCAGAAAGCUCUUCUGUCAAGUGGCUGCAUGACGGCUGCCUUCACGUAGUCGUAAGAGAAAUUGACAGCAAACCUGUGGAGUCUCUUCCUGGGACAAUACCAGGCACCUAGAAAUCCUCAAAGAGAGCUACUCUCAUCAUCGUUAAAAUGUAGCCGCCCUAGAAUCAAGAGUGGGCUCAUGUGUCUCAAGAUUUUAAUAACCGCGACAAUUGCAAUGAUAAUGUGCUGGAAGCAAGUCACAUCGUGUGGCUCGGGAACGUCCAUCUGGGGAAGACAAAUAUGAAAACGUGCCUCGUGCAGUAAACAUGGGUUGGGGGCUGCGGUCCGUGCAAGGACUACGGUGAUAAGCAACACAGAGGCCGGCUCUGCCCUCAGAACACGGACAGUCCAUUGCGGAGGAAGGACGUCACAUCACCAAGACUUACGCUGAGCUCAGUGCUAUUCCAGGGGAAGUACUCAUCCCGUGGGAGACAAGAGGGUUCAAGGGCAUCUGACCAAAUGAGCAGAGAUCUAGGCUGCCUGGAAUGAGAAAAGGCGCCAGCCGGUGGAGAAGGGGGAGGCCCCCGUGGUUAAAAGGCAUGACAAGAGGGAAGCCUUGUAAGUGAAAUCGAGUGGGAGGUCCAUUCCAGAAAACGCACACGGUUCAGCAUGGUUAGAGCCGUGUUUUGGGGAGAAGAUGGCAGACAGGGGAUGCUGAUGGGGCCGAGAAGCCGGUUGAUACACAUGUGAUGGCUCCUGCUCAGGUAUAUAAACUUAUCAUUUGAACCUCCGAGAUAGAUGUUCAGAACAGGUUUGCUUUAUUGAAGUAUGUGAACAUCAUUUUCAUGAAGUUGACUUUGUAGGGCUUUGAAGUGGUGAAGCCCCGGACUCCCCCCGAAGCCUUUGGUUUAUGAGGCAGAGAUGGCAGCCGCCUCUAAGGUCCAGGAGGCUGGGGGCUGCACCUGAUUAGCUCGUCCAUGCAGACUCUAUAAAUAUUGGAAGGAAGGGAGGGAGAAAGGGACAGUAUCUAAGAGGUGAUCAUAACUUUCUUUGACAUCCGCCAUGUGUGAAAUGACAAUAAUGCGUGUGUCACUCGUCAGUGAGGCAGAUGGAAUAGAUAAAGCACGUGAAACCCCGAGCACAGAGCGCAGCAUGAUAGAAGCCCCAAGUGGAGGAAGGCGUCUUCGGGUUCUGUGCAGCCCAGAAAAGUACGAGAAGGUGAGAAACAUUCCCACCCAACCCACUGUCGAAUGAUUUGCCCAGAGGAGUAACAUUGUCACGAGGGCUAAGAAAUGCCUUUUUUCAAGGUACGCAUGCCCAUGGGAACAGAGUCAAUAGACGCCUGCAGGUGAAUGAGUCAAACCAUCCCGCAUUCUCUGUGGCAGGACGAUCAGAGACCUUCGUUCAAUUGUCCUUUAAUUCAUGCUCUUGGAGAAGUUGCUAUGUGCCAGGCUCUGUCCCAAGUGCUGGGCUACACCCCGAGAAGAAAAGAAACCCAGAUCCUACAUUCUAAUCAGAGAAUACACAUUGAUAAUAAUACUAACGGCUCGUAUCCUCGGAGCCCCGGGAAAACGGGUCUGCCAAGGAAAUACAACAUAGUGUGAGAGACUAUGACGGGGCCACCUACUUUAAACAGAGGGGGAUCAGGGGCGGAAAAGGAGGAUGUUGAGAAGGAGCCGGUCACCUGACAAAUUGCGGGCCGAACAUCCCAGGCAGGAAAACAGAAGGGUUGGUGCAUCUGAUUCCGAGAAAGGCCAGGGCGGAGGGCUGGAGCUGGAGGGGUAGGGGAGUGUUUGGAGUGGGGUGAGGGCGUGAGGCAAGCCAGGGCUUUGUCGAACAUCCUCAGAACUUUCUAUUUUGUUCCUCCUAAGUGCCAUGAGAAGUCAUUGAGAGAGUUUAAGUGGGCAAGGGCAUGAUCUAGUUCAUCCUUCAAGGACCUGAGUGGUUACUGAGUGUUGAAUGGGUGAGACCGGUCAAGGACAGAAGCAGGAAGCCAGUGACAGGUGAAGGGAAAGACGAUGGUGAUCUGGAGGAAGUGGGGGGCAGCGAGCAUGGAGAAGAAGUGGCUUCUGGGGAUUCCAGGCCACUUGCAACCACGCUUGUCUGGAAAGGAGAAAGGAUGUCAAACGGAGACCUGUAGAGCAUUAAGACAAAUGUGGCUCUGUACUGUGGGGCCCUCGGUGGGCGUCUAGCUACAACUGCUCUUCCUGAAUCGCCCCUGGACCGCCCCCAACUCCUGAGGGAGCCAUUACAGCCUGUUUCCUGAGGAGAAUCCAUUUCUUGACAAAAGUACGCCGCGAUCUCUAUGCUUCUCCAGAAAUUAUGAAGCACAAAACAAGAGGUCCCUGCUGUGCCUGCCUUCCUAUUUUUCAAUCCUAAUUUAAUUCCUCUCUCCAUUCUGUAAUUCAGCCCCCCUCUCUGAGCAUCAACCCUAGGUGGUCCCAACUCCAACGGAAGAUUUACCGGCGAGAUGAGAUGGAGAAACACAUUGUUUUUUCAAGAUGAUUUAAUGACCUUUUUGGCACCUCCAUGACGGCUAAAAUCUUCUGUAAUUAUUCCGUUUGGCAGCCGAGAGUUCUGUUGAUCAGAGGAAGGCUGAUGCAGAUGUCAAAUGUCAAUAAAUUUGCAAUCCAUAAUUGCAACCACUUGAUGCGGAGCAGACUGGGAAAAGGCUUGGCCACAAAGCCACGAAAGGUUGGACCAAUACAGGCACCAAACUGGCUUGAGCAUUACACGUGCAAAAUCCUUCCCCUAUCUUUCCCUCUUGCACCAGCUCACUUUCUCCGUCCCUGCCUUUCUUGUCUGCCCUGCCCCCCCCCCACCACGCCCCGCAUCUGUCACUGUCGCUAUCCCCUUCCCUGGAGAUCGGCGUGCUGCACAUUCAACUGUCCAAAGUCUUCUGGGCCCAUCUCCACCCAGAGCCAGCGACGCUGUAAACACAGCGGUAGGUUCUUCCAGAGAAUCGCCAUAAGUUCUUUUUGAUUGUGCUGUUCAGCUCUGUUUGGCCCUUGCUGGAGAUCAAGCAUUGAUUUUUUUUUCUGCUUUGCCUGCUCUCCGACAGCAUGGUUUAUAUCGGGAAGGUCUGUGUCAGGAAUUAGAGGAUGUUUGUAACAAUGGGGAAAAAUACCCUAAUAUAAAUAUACCACUUGUGGGCAUGCACUUUGACAAGUGCGGGUGAACUGGAAGAUGCUAGAAAAGCUCUGAAGUCAUGGAAACAUGUAACAGAGGCAUUUGUUUUAAUGACUCAUCUCAUUCCUUGAGCUCACCUUAUCAAGUUGUAACCUCUGAAUCUCUAAGUUCCUAGUUCAAAAAUGCAGAGUCUCCUCUGUCCUCGUGUUAAUUUUUAAAUUAUAUAUCAUCGUAGAGAGGCCCUUGUGGUGCACAUGAUGAGCCAUUUUCGCAUCUGAAAUGGGGAAUUAUAACCAAGCAUUAGCGAUUGCUUAUAAAUCACCGCGAGCAAAGUGGCAUCUGUAACCGCACGGUAGGAGCUGGGGAGACAUGCAAUGCGGGAGAAAGGGGACUUGGAAAGGGCGAGGUGAUUUUCAAGAGAGGAGGCUGCAGGCUGCGGGUCACAAAUGCCUCGGUGCCAGUCCCCAGGACCCCGGGGGACCCGACCGUUUCCUUUGGCUUGCAACCAUUUUUUAUUUUUAAGUGGAAAAUGUCUCGGCGGUUGAGAAGUGGUCCUAAGGCUCCCUAAGAAUCAGCAAAAAGGCAGUAGGACAUGUGAAUCUGGGGAAGACGUGCGCGAAGUAACGUGUCCACCCUCGCUGGAGAGCACGGGAGGGGUUUUGUGGGUCAGGCUGCCUGGGUUUGAAUCCAAGUUCCACUGUUCCCUAGCGGCAAGGGCAGAUGCCUAACCUCCCUAGGAUGCAGGUUCUUUAUCUCUAAAAUGGGGAUAACUGUCCUCCCUCGGGGCUCGAUAGACAGGAUUGCAGGAGACAAUCUAGGUAAUGCUUCAAGCCAAUGGUUCUCAAACCUGAGAACCAUCUGGAGGCCUUGCUAAAAUCCAGGUAGCUGAACACAUUCCCCAGAGCGUCAGAUCCCUUGGAUCUUGGGUGGGACCCAAUCAUUUGCAUUUCCAACAAAUUCCCAGAUGAUAGCAGGAUGCUGAUCCAGGGACCACAUUUUGAGACCCACUGCGUUAAGCCCAGUACCUGGCGUGUUGUGAGUGCUCUAAAAAAAUGUUUGCUUAUAUUAGCUUUAAGUCAGUCUUUGAGCCUGUCUGACGUGGUCCUGUGUGAGCAAGAACAUGAACUCUACGGAAGGUCCUGGCUUGGUAUACAAAAUCAAGUGAGACCGAAAGGGUGAGACCAUCCAGACUGUCGCUUAGAGGAGGCAACAGAGAGCAGAAGCUGGCAACCAGAGGAGAGAACCAAAACCCAGGGAAGCAGAAGGCAGCCCAGAAGUAUAUAGGAGUCUGCCGAGAUCACUUAUUAAAGGGAUAGACAAUAUCACUUCAGUUGUCUCUACUGUGUCAGGAGGAGUUUCCCAUCUCAAGAGCCUUGAUUGGCAGUCAGGGGACUAGGUCCUCCUCUUGGCUUCGCUUAAUAUCUUCCUUAACUCUGAAAAUAUGGGCCGUAAAAUUAUUUUGGAAACAAUCAUUAAAACUGUUCAGCAUGCUAACUCUAAAUUGCAUUUAUCAGAAUCUGUUACUUAUAAUCGACUGCAGACCAAGCCAAACUUAAUUUAGUAAACCAGGGAAUUUGCCAGUGCAUCCGAGGAUAGAGUUGGUUUCAUGCGCAGAUGAAUCUUGGGUUCAAAGGAUGGAUGUCAUUGGAACUUGGUCUUCCCUCAUCGCUCAGCUCAGAUCUCCUCUGUUUUGUCUUCAUUUUCAGACAAACAGCAAGAUGGCCUGGACCAGCACCAGGGCUAUAGUCCACCCCAGCUUAGGGGUGUCAGCAGAAAGAGUGCUGUUUACCAGGAAUGCCAUCUAUGGAGACUGAGUUCAGUUGGCCUGUGAGGUCACAAUACGUGUGAAGCAAUGCCUAAGACUGGGAAAAAUGGGAUGUUGUCUCUUCAGCGUGGGUCAGGUGCACGCUCCUGGGAGCGUUGGGUGGGGUCAGCAUGUUACAGCUUGGGCUGAGAUUGGGAUGCCCAGGGGGGAUGUGGGGGCGCAGAUGACUCUGAAUCCAGCUCAUCUUAGUCAAGCUUGACCUAGGCCAUCCCUUCGCCGUCCUGACACCUACUAAUUUUUCUUAUUCUGAAUGACAGUGAGUGGUCCCAUUAUCCCCCUGCUGUCCCCGGCUUAGGAUCGAUGGACCUUCCUCUUUCUCCCCUCUUUCCCACCACUGUCCAUUUCAUCACUAAUAUUUUUAUCGGACCUCCAUACCACGACACCUGUUCGACCUCGGUUUCUACGGCCAUUCAGUUCACUGAAGCACACUCUAUCUCUUGGCAGGACUCAACUCACCACCAGGCACCAGUUUAUUCGGUCCAUGACUGCCAGAUUAAAAGUCCCAAUUCGGACCUCACAGCGUAGUGACAAGGGCUACCGUUUCAGGAGUGUUUCUUCUGCCCAAGGGACCUCAAAUACAGUCUUUCUGAUCCUUAUAUUAACCAUUCUCAUCAUUUAAAUCUCAACUUCAACAUCAUCUUCUUCAAGGACUCUUCUCUGAAGAUCUAAGUCAGGAGUCAUCAAAAGCUUUCCAUAAAGGGCCAGAUAGGAAAUAUUUUCUGGGUCACAGACACACAGUCCCUGUCACAACUACUCAACCUGCCCUUGCAGCGUAAAGGCAGUAAUAGGAGAUGUGUAAAUGAAGAGGUGUGGCUAUAUUCCAAUAAAACUUUAUUGAUGGACACUGAUACUUGAAUUUCAUAUAGUUUUCAUGCAUCAUUAAAAAGAAAAGUCAUUCUUCUUUUGACUCUUUCAGCCAUUUAAAAAUGUAAACACCCUUCUUCGUUUAUGGGCCCUGCAGAAACAGGUGGUGGGCUGGAUUUGGCCCACAGGCCAUAGUUUGCCAAGCCCUGAUCGAAAGCCAUCCAACGCUCUCAAAUGCCUCUUUCCCAUCACUUGACUUCCUUUAUUAAAUUUACAACUAUCUGAUGGUA